AUGUCCAGCGAACACACCGCCGACCCGGCCCCCCACGACCGCGAAAGCCCCUCCUUACAGUUUGACAGAGCCGCCGCCGAUCCUCCUCUCCAACCCGCUCAGCCUCCAGACCCCAGCGCCGCCGCCGCUCCUCCUUUCCAACCCGCUCCGCCUCCAGACCCCGGCGCCGCCGCCGCCGCCCCCUGUCUCCCCCCCAUCCGUACCUUCCGGCAGUCCUUCCAUUCGCACUCGGGCCACCGCGGUCUCACCAUCUGGCAAUCACGGUGGAUACAUGCACAACCGCCACUCUCAUUCCAAGUCUACCUCACCUUCGCCAUAGACGAAUGGACGACCUGGGAGAUCGAGGCCUUCGCCGAGACGCUGUGGUACCAAUGCACGCCGCCGCCACCACCACCCACGACGGCGGAAGAGUGGCAGCAGCAGCAGCAGCAACCGCUCAUACCGCUACCGCAGCUACUAGCGCACGAACCCCACUCGCUGCCCAUCCGUAUCGACAUCACCAUACUCGGCCCCGUCGCCGAGCACACGCGGAACAUCACGUGCAUGCAGCACUACCGCAUGACACGGCACCUGGACAACGUGCGCAUAGAGGACGGCACCGAUUGGCUCUGGCCGGCCAGCCCGUCGUUCCGCGGGCCCAACGGCGUGCAGUAUGAGGGCUUCCUCAUCCAGAUUCUCGAUCCCGCAUACCUGGUGACCGGCGGCUUGAGUUUGGUGUUUUUCGACGCCAUGGCAGGUACAAAGAACCCGGCUGACGAUAAGUACGACGCGCUCGUUUGGGUCCCGGCCGUGCCGACUGAGGGCGACGGAAAUCUGUGGACGCGGGAGUUGUGUCGUGUGUGGGAGACGAUGAGUAUGGUGAAGGAGUGGAGUGAGGCUUUUUAUAAGGCGCUGGCGGUGGGGAAAGAGGAAGAAGAGAAUAGAGAAGUUGCCUCGUCGGUCUAUUAA